AUGCCUGGUCCCAAGCCCAAGCUCGAGGUCGCCACGCCUCUUACCAGCAACUUUCCUUCUGAAAUUACAUCUGCCGCUUCGCUCACCUCCAUCAACACGGCCACACCCCUCUCCGGCCUGGGCCGGCCCCCCGUUCUGUGCAAGGUCGAGCCGGAUUUUGUCAGGACGCCCAUCACACCACCGGCCGCCUACGCCGAUUUCCUCACCAAGGCCAUGCCCAGCAACUCGCCAGCCGUCUCGCCAGUCGUGGUCACUGCCGAAUCCACGGCGCUCAAUUCUUCUUCUCCUGCCGCCGACGCGAGCGAAAAGGCCGACGACAGCAGCAUUAGCAGUGCCAGCAGCGCCAGCGUCAAGGACAAUGGCUCGGCCUCGACAUCGCCCGCCACUUCUACUGCCUGCAGCACCAAGUCCUCCUCACCUACCUCGGCCACGACUCCCUCUGCCUCGGAAAAAGCUUCGGCUGUCGAAAGAGCCCUGGCUUUGGCCUCUGCCUCUCUUGUGCCCCCGAGCCCCUUCACCAAGGCGCCCAUGUCUGCGCCGCCCACUGGGCCAACCUCGUUUCCCAGCUUCAUGCUGCCCCCCAGCCCGGCCAUAUCCAACCUCGACUCGCCCCUGAGUGCCGUCCCCUUGAGUGCUGCCCCGAUGAGCGCCGUCAGCUCACUGCUCUCACCGUACAGCGGCCGCACCGCUCGCUCCGUUUUUGACUGGGACGCCGCCCUCAGGGCUCACUACGCCGAUCAGAGAAGGACGAGGUCGCGCACCAGCGUCCGCAACAUUCGCGAGGUUGUGACAAGGACCGUCACCUAUACCCCGCGCAUGGAGCCCGCUCCCCGCGGAAAGAGACGCAAGGUCGAAUAG